GUAGGCCCAUUUGAUGCGGCGGGAGAUUUCUCACAGCGAAAGCUGGACGGCGAAACCUAGCGGGACUGGCCAGUCCUGAUAAUGGAGGACUCGAAAACCAGCGAUAAGCUAUCGGAGUUUUUGGAAUCCGGCGUUUACCGGUUAGAAGAUUCGAACGCCGUUUUCAUCGACCCGGUUCGCGUCCUCAACCGCUCCUACACCAGGUUUAGGGUCUCUCCUUCCGCCUACUACUCUCGCUCUUUCGACUCCAAACACGCUGGUCAAGAGGCUAGGGUUUCUUCAAAUUUCAGAAAGCGAAAGCGGAAGGAGAAGAAACCUCAGCCUCUCAACGACAGAGAACGAGCCGCCGAUCAACGCCAUCAGGAAGUGAGACCUUUUUUGCUGAAGGCGCAUGAAUCUUUAGUUAGAGCAACUGAGCUUUUAGAGGUUGUGAGCAAUUUGAAGGGGAAUUUGGGUCCUUCAACAUCGUCUCCUGGAGCUGAACAGUCACUUGUUGAACUCGGGCGGGUCUGGCAGGCACCGCUCUACGAGAUUACUCUGAAUUUCCAUCCAAAUGACAGCGCAAGGGAAGAUGGAGGUGCCCCUACUAUUCAAUACUGUGAACAACGUGCAUUCCCUGUGUUUAACAACUUAGUCGUUAAUGAGACCAGUGAAGAUGUGGAGGCUGAACUUUUGAAUAGUCGAUAUAUCUUACCUCCAGAGAGUUCCUUCUACAUGUCUGAUCUGGGGCAGAUUCACAAUCUAAUUCCUGCUGAGUCUGAUUGCGGCUUCAAUCUUAUUGUUAUUGAUCCGCCAUGGGAAAAUGGAAGUGCUCGUCAAAAGCAGAGGUACUCAACUUUGCCUAACCGAUAUUUCUUAUCCCUUCCCGUCAAGCAAAUUUGUCAUACGGAUGGAGCACUUGUUGCUUUAUGGGUGACAAAUAGGGAGAAGUUGCGUGGUUUUGUUGAGAAAGAGCUAUUUCCUGCAUGGGGAGUCAAAUAUGUUGCUACUUUUUUCUGGUUGAAGGUCAAAGCAGAUGGUUCGUUGAUUUCUGAUUUGGACCUCUUUCAUCACAGGCCAUACGAGUGCCUUCUAUUGGGCCUCGUUCAUGGGAAGGUUACAGAUUCAAAACAGCUAUCAAAUACCAAACCUAUACUACCGGAUAAUCAAAUCAUGUUAAGCAUACCGGGAGAUUACUCAAGGAAACCCCCAAUUGCAGGAUUGUUACAUGAGUAUGCUCCGAGGCUCCAACGUGGUCGAUGUAUUGAACUUUUUGCUAGAGAGAUGACUGCCGGAUGGAUUUCUUGGGGGAAUGAACCCCUUCAUUUUCAGGAGUCCAGAAAUUUUAUGAAGACAUAGUUAUACAUUCAUUUUAUUUUACUUCCCGCGAAGGCCUCGUUAUUGUUGCAGAGCAGACGCCUAUAUAAGUUUUCGUUUACUGCCAGUAGGGAUUUUGCAAUUCCCGCCCCCCAGAGGGUUCAGUUAUAUUCAUCGGUAUUGUGAUAAGAAA